CGCAGACGAGCCUCUCCUGAGGGACAACCCCAGGCGAUUCGUCAUUUUCCCCAUCCAGUACCACGAUAUCUGGCAAAUGUACAAGAAAGCGGAGGCCUCUUUCUGGACGGCCGAAGAGGUCGAUCUGUCGAAGUUUUAUGGUGCCAUUAUUAUAAUGGGGUCGAUCUGUCGAAGGACCUGCAGCACUGGGAGUCGCUGAAGGACGAGGAGAAGCACUUUGUCUCCCACGUCCUGGCCUUCUUCGCCGCAAGCGACGGAAUAGUCAAUGAGAACUUGGUGGAGCGCUUCAGCCAGGAAGUUCAGGUGACCGAGGCCCGCUGCUUCUACGGUUUCCAGAUCGCCAUGGAGAACAUCCACUCUGAGAUGUACAGCCUGCUCAUAGAUACCUACAUCAAGGACUCCGCUCAGAGGGAUUACCUUUUCAAUGCUAUCGAGACACUACCCUGUGUCAAGAGGAAGGCAGACUGGGCCCUGAACUGGAUCGGAAACAAGAAUGCAGAGUUUGGUGAGCGAGUGGUCGCUUUCGCUGCUGUGGAAGGAAUCUUCUUCUCUGGCUCGUUCGCCUCCAUCUUCUGGCUGAAGAAGAGGGGGCUAAUGCCCGGUCUGACCUUCUCCAAUGAGCUCAUCAGCAGGGAUGAGGGACUUCACUGCGACUUCGCCUGCUUGAUGUUCAAACAUCUGGUAAACAAGCCUUCUGAGAAGACUGUUUCCAACCUCAUCAUGGAUGCAGUAGCUAUUGAGCAGGAGUUCCUGACCGUAGCCCUGCCAGUGAAGUUGAUUGGGAUGAACUGUGACAUGAUGAAGCAGUACAUUGAGUUUGUGGCGGACAGACUGAUGUUGGAGCUUGGAUUCAACAAGGUAAAGAGUCCACAGGCCAUUGGCGACGUAUGGUGUAUGUUAAUCAUGCCAAAUAUUCCGCUAGGUUUCAAGUCUUCAUCAUUUAACGCGUCAGAAAAACGGGCACCAUAACUGUUUUGGUUCAGG